UGCAGAGGUCGGAGAAACAGUCGUGAAUGGAGAAGACAGGAAGCAAGACGUGUGUUGCGCUAAAUUGUGUGUGUGAAGUGAAAAUUAUAAAUAUCCACCGCCAAAAACAGCAUCCUCCAAGAUCGCUACCAGGGUAUUCCACGAUCACAGAUUAGGAAGUGAAACCAGAUGGCAAGGAGAUUUUCUGAAAAUAAAUAAGAAUGAACAGUAUGGUUUCCGAAACUGACAUGGAAGAGUCAAAGUGUAUGAAAGGAGAUCUCGAAGUGGGUUAUCCGCUUCUUGGAGGCGAUUCUGAAGAUACUUCACCAGCUCAGCGUCUUCGAUGUUUCUUCAUAGAGGAAAAUAUAAAACAUGAGAGUCACCCCCUUUUCUCUGAAAUAGAAAAGCUUGUUAUAGAAGGUGAUGAUGUAAAGUGGAAAGAAACUGCCAGAUGGAUAAAAUUUGAAGAAGACGUUGAAGAAGGUAAUCGGUGGUCUAAACCUUAUGUUGCAUCUCUUUCCUUGAAAUCAUUGUUUGAAUUAAGAAGGCUCAUAGCCAAGGAGAUCGUUAUAUUGGAUAUGGAGGCAUCUUCCAUGGAGCAGAUUGCAGACUUGGUUUUGGAGGAUACAAAUAAUAAUAAGAUAUUGUCUCUGGAGCAGAAGGGAAAGAUAAGAGAAACUUUGUUGAAGGGACACAGACAUCAGUAUCAGCAAGGGUUUCCAUUUAAGGGAUCCCUCAAUGGAAAAAAUGGAUCAAGUUUGGUGUGCUUUGGCACUUCUUCAGAACGUAGAGGAUCAGAAUAUGAAAUGGAUCUGGCAAAAAAAAAAUGUUCUUCGAAUUCUAUGAAUG